CGAGCCCUCGCGGAACCCCUCACACCCGGGCGCUCCCUCCUGACAGCCUCCGGGAAGCACCUUCCGUGGACAAGGGAUGUGUGCCCGUGCGCGUAGUCUGCGCGUCGCCCUGGUUGUCCGUGCGCAGACCCUUCUGUCGCCUGCCUCUCCGGGAGUGGUCAGGGUCUGAGGAGCAUCCCGGCCGGGCGGGAUCUGGCCUGUCUGGCUGGGGCUGGUGACAAUGAGUUCUUCAGUACGAAGAAAAGGCAAGCCAGGCAAAGGAGGUGGAAGAGGGUCUUCUAGAGGAGGAAGAGGUAGCAGGAGUCACACUAGUAAAUCUCAUGGAGGUGGCAGCAGUGGUGGCGGCAGUGGUGGCAAUAGGAAAGCCUCAAGUAGAAUUUGGGAUGAUGGCGAUGACUUCUGUAUCUUCAGCGAAGCAAGGCGCUCUUCCAGAGCCAACAGCAGUAGUGUAAGAAAAGGAGAAGCACGUCCCAAAUGGAAGCCCGAAGCCAAAGUGCCCCUUCAGACUCUACAUAUGACUUCCGAGAAUCAAGAGAAAGUGAAAGCUCUUCUCAGAGACUUGCAAGAACAAGAUGCAGAUGCUGGAUCUGAAAGAGGCAUUUCUGGGGAGGAGGAAGAUGAUGAGCCUGAAUGUGACGAUGAGCAGUACUGGUCAGCUGGACGAGAAAUGUCCCUUGUUCCUGAUGCUGACCCUUUGGAAUAUGCUGGCCCAGGGGAGCCUCAUAAUCCAGAAUAUACCGUCUCAACAUAUGCAGUGCAAAAACUUUCCAGAUACGGUUUCAGCACUGAACGCUGCCAGGCAGCCCUGAGGAUUUGUGAUGGAGAUGUGGGGGCAUCUCUAGAACAUUUACUCACCCAGUGUUUUUCAGAGACAUUUGGAGAGAGGAUGAAGAUCUCUGAGGCUGUUGGCCAUGUAAGCGUGGAGGAGUGUAUGGAACAGCGGCAGGAAGAGGCAUUUGCUCUCAAGUCAAUCUGUGGAGAGAAAUUUAUAGAAAGAAUUCAGAACAGAGUCUGGACCAUUGGAUUAGAACUGGAGUAUUUGACAAGUAAAUUCUGCAAAUCCAAGCAAAAGGAAAGUACCAAAAACAUACAGGAGAUUUCACUUGAAAUCUGUAAAUUUUACCUAAAAGGAAAUUGUAAAUUUGGAUCAAAGUGCAAAUUCAAACAUGAAGUACCCCCAAAUCAAAUUGUUGGAAGAGCAGAAAGAAUUGUAGAUGAUUCUCAUCUUAAUGCUAAUGAAGAUGCAUCUUUUUUAUAUGAACUUGAAAUUCGAUUUUCUAAAAAUCACAAAUACCCCUGCCAAGCUCCCCUUGUGGCAUUUUAUUCCACCAAUGAGAAUCUACCUCUGGCUUGUCGUUUACAUAUUUCUGAGUUCCUUUAUGGCAAGGCCUUGACUUUUGCAGAAACUUCAGAACCUGUUGUAUAUUCUUUAAUAACACUUUUAGAGGAAGAAUCAGAAAUAGUCAAGCUACUAACAAAUACCCAUCACAAGUACAGUGUUCCUCCUGUGAACUUUCUGUCAGUAUUCUCUGGGAUCACCAGAAUGAAUAAUCCUGUGUGCCGUAAACCAGUGGUUCCAAAUAAUUCUUUUGUUUCAAAUCAAAUUCCAGAAGUUGAAAAAGAAUCAGAACCUGAGGAGGAGGCAGAUGAGGAUGAAGGUCCUGUACCAGUUAUAGUGGAGAGUGAAAGCUAUGUGAACCUUAAGAAAAAGAUUUCCAAAAGAUAUGACUGGCAGGGAAAUUCAAUACAUGCUGAAAAUGCUAAAAUCUGCAAGCAGUUCCGAAUAAAACAGGCUUCCAGACAAUUCCAGUCAAUUCUGCAAGAAAGGCAAUCACUCCCUGCUUGGGAAGAAAGGGAAACCAUUCUUAAAUUGUUGAGCAAGCAUCAAGUGCUUGUUAUAAGUGGUAUGACUGGAUGUGGGAAAACCACACAGAUUCCACAGUUUAUUCUGGAUGAUUCUUUGACCGGGCCACCAGAGAAGGUGGCUAACAUCAUCUGUACCCAACCCCGACGAAUCUCUGCAAUUUCAGUCGCUGAACGUGUUGCUAAAGAAAGAGUAGAAAGAGUAGGUCUGACUGUGGGAUACCAGAUCCGGUUAGAAAGUGUCAAGUCCUCAGCCACCAGGCUGUUAUACUGCACGACUGGAGUGUUGCUAAGAAGGCUAGAAGGAGAUACAGCUCUGCAAGGAGUCACCCAUAUCAUUGUUGAUGAAGUUCAUGAGAGGACAGAAGAAAGUGACUUCUUGCUGCUAGUUUUGAAAGACAUUGUGUUGCAGAGGCCGACUCUUCAAGUUAUUCUAAUGAGUGCAACUUUAAACGCUGAACUCUUUUCAGACUAUUUCAAUUCCUGCCCAGUUAUUACUAUACCAGGUCGUACAUUUCCUGUUGAUCAAUUUUUUCUGGAAGAUGCAAUUGCUGUGACAAGGUAUGUGUUGCAGGAUGGGAGCCCAUAUAUGCGCUCCAUGAAACAGAUGUCAAAGGAGAAGCUUAAAGCUAGGCGCAACAGAACUGCAUUUGAAGAAGUGGAGGAAGAUCUGAGGCUCUCCCUUCACCUCCAGGAUCAGGAUUCUGUCAAAGAUGCAGUGCCAGAUCAACAGUUAGAUUUUAAGCAACUCCUGGCCCGCUAUAAAGGGGUUAAUAAGUCAGUCAUCAAAACAAUGUCUAUCAUGGAUUUUGAAAAGGUUAAUCUUGAAUUAAUAGAGGCCUUGUUGGAAUGGAUUGUAAGUGGAAAGCACGCCUACCCUCCAGGUGCUAUACUUGUAUUUUUACCGGGACUAGCAGAAAUCAAAAUGCUUUAUGAACAGCUACAGUCUAAUUCUCUUUUCAACAACAGACGUAGUAAUCGAUGUGUUGUUCACCCACUUCAUUCAUCUUUAGCCAGUGAAGAGCAGCAGGCUGUGUUUGUAAAACCGCCUGUAGGUGUAACUAAGAUUAUAAUUUCCACCAACAUUGCCGAGACAUCCAUAACUAUUGAUGAUGUUGUCUAUGUCAUCGAUUCUGGGAAAAUGAAAGAAAAGAGAUAUGAUGCCAGCAAAGGAAUGGAAAGUCUAGAGGAUACUUUUGUCUCUCAAGCCAAUGCUCUACAAAGAAAAGGUCGAGCAGGCCGUGUUGCAUCUGGGGUCUGCUUCCAUUUAUUCACUAGCCAUCACUUCCAUCACCAGCUUUUAAAGCAGCAGCUUCCAGAAAUACAAAGAGUGCCAUUGGAACAGCUAUGUCUAAGAAUCAAAAUUUUAGAGAUGUUUAGCCCUCAUAAUCUCCAAUCUGUGUUCUCUCGGCUCAUUGAACCACCACACACUGACUCUCUCCGUGCCUCAAAAAUACGAUUACGAGACUUGGGAGCACUAACUCUAGAUGAAAAACUGACCCCUCUUGGGUAUCACUUGGCAUCUCUGCCUGUAGAUGUGAGAAUUGGCAAACUGAUGCUGUUUGGGUCUAUCUUCCGCUGUUUGGAUCCAGCUCUCACCAUUGCUGCCAGUUUGGCUUUUAAGUCUCCUUUUGUGUCUCCCUGGGAUAAAAAAGAGGAAGCUAACCAGAAAAAGCUAGAAUUUGCAUUUGCAAACAGUGAUUAUCUGGCCCUUCUACAAGCAUAUAAGGGAUGGCAGCUAAGUAUGAGAGAAGGCAUGCGUGCAAGUUAUAAUUACUGCAGACAAAACUUCUUGUCAGGAAGAGUUCUUCAGGAAAUGGCCAGUCUCAAACGACAAUUUACUGAACUGUUAUCGGAUAUAGGCUUUGUAAAGGAGGGACUCAGAGCAAGGGACAUUGAGAAAAGGGCCCAAGGAGGAGAUGGUAUCUUGGAUGCCACAGGAGAAGAGGCAAACUCAAAUGCUGAGAACCCUAAGCUGAUAUCAGCAAUGCUGUGUGCUGCUCUGUAUCCAAAUGUAGUGCAGGUGAAAAGCCCGGAAGGGAAAUUUCAGAAGACCAGUACUGGAGCUGUCAGAAUGCCACCCAAAUCAGAUGAGUUGAAGUUUGUUACCAAGAAUGAUGGAUACGUACACAUUCACCCUUCUUCGGUGAACUAUCAGGUCAGACAUUUUGACAGCCCCUACCUGGUGUACCACGAGAAGAUCAAAACUAGUCGGGUGUUCAUCCGAGACUGCAGCGUGGUGUCUGUGUAUCCCCUGGUCCUGUUUGGAGGAGGCCAAGUGAAUGUGCAGCUUCAGAGGGGAGAGUUCGUUGUCUCCUUGGAUGAUGGUUGGAUCCGUUUUGCAGCUGCUUCCCAUCAAGUGGCUGAAUUAGUAAAGGAACUUCGCUGCGAACUUGACCAGCUCCUCCAGGAUAAGAUAAAAAACCCGAGCAUAGAUCUGUGUACAUGUCCUCGAGGAUCCCGGAUCAUCAGCAUGAUUGUGAAACUUGUCACCACACAGUAAAGGCCAGUCUUAGGAGACUGCUUGCUACUCACCUGCUUCUUGCUCACCUGGGAAAUAACAGCAGCACCUCUACCUCCAACUAAAGCUGUGUGCUGGGGCUGGAGCCGGCCCUGGGGACGGGGCCCCAGGCAUGCACUGCUGGGUCAGAUGAGGCAUCACAUACCCUUAGGAAAUGUUCCCGGCUAAGUAUUGCUAACAAAGCAGUGGGCACUCUGCACAAUUUGGAGUGUCGAUGUGAGACAGUCUGAAAAUCAGCUUGCGUGUUUUUUUCCCUGUGAUGGUUUCCUGGAAUGAAUGAAUUUCACCUGGUAACACCACAGUGAAUGUUGAAUACAAUUCUGCUUUAACCUAUGUAUUUUUUUUUCUCCUGCUUUUUACGGGGUGAAAUAGGGGCUUGAGGAGAAAUACUGAUUGUUUUUCUGUCAUAGGCUCAACUGAGAGAAGUCACAACAGUGGGAAAAAAGAUCAUGUGAGCAAGAAAAAUUAAAAUUUAAUUUUAGGCUAUUGACCACAGAGUAAACCUGAUUUGUGAGGGUUUUUCAUUUUUGCUCAUUAAAAUGCAGCCCAAAAAAGCCAAACUUAAUGAGCUCUUAACUUGUUAUUAAAAUUCGAGCUGGUCUUAUCCAUAACACUCUUAUUCUUAAAAGCAAAAUAAUUGGGUGUCCUCAUUCUCUUUUAGUUUUCUGCUUAUGAAUCUUUAUUGUCUAAUGAACUCACCCAGGUCUAAUGGCCACAUUUCACAUACCCAAAGGGGAGUUGUAGUUGUGUUCUCAGACCAGAGCUGGCACAGUUGAGGUAGAAAAGGUUGCCAUGCUAGUGUCAGAUUUAUAGCUGUAAAAAUACCUUCCAUGAGACUACAUAUUUUCAGCCACCACUUAGGCUAAUGGUGCACUAACAUUUUGAAAAAAUACAAGUACCUUUAUAUUUUUCCUGGAGAAUUAUCAGUAUAGCUAGGAAGAAUCCAAAGGAACUAAAGAGAAAUAAGUUGUGUUUAUCUAGCCCUCGGGUAGAGACGCUACAGGUUUCACACUGUAGGUAGAAUUCAAACUAACCGACAAAAGCACCUCAGUGGAGGGUGUUCACUUGUCAAGGUAUUAUCUUAGUUAGAUUUUCAAGAAUCCUUCUAGACUGUCCAAAAUGAUCAUUGUCAAGUGUGUUGAAGCUUCAGUGCACUUGAAAAGGUUAGACUCAAAGCACUAUUUUUAGAAGGUAUUAAUUCCCGUCAUCACUCUAAGUAAACAUACAGAUGCAGAGCACCCACAGUAUCCACGUUCUGCCUUGGCAUGAAAACAAGGCUCACAUUACAGAACUGAUCAGACUGGGACAUUUAGGAGAAAUGGAAAAAACUGUUAACCCUCUAAAAAAGUUUUUUAAAACCAGUUUUGACUUCCGGUGCUAUAGCAGAGCUCAUGCUGCCCUGGCUCGAGCCAUCUGCCCAAGUGGCCCUGCAGCUUUUAACACAAGUUGGCAGCAAAGCAUAUAGCUGGGAGGUACUUGACAUUCCAAGUGCUGAGAACUCACUCCCCUCAGGGAAGCCAUUAUUGGGCUGGUUACUUGCAGCCACACACAAAUGCACAAACCGUAUCAUGUUACAGAUGUGCCAGGUUAUGGAAAAAGGUUGGGAAGCCUUGGCCAAAGGCACCGAAUAAGAAAAUCCUCACCCCCAAAAUCCAGUUUCUUCAGCUCAGUCAUUAAAAUCAGGAAAUGAUAAAUGAAAGAGGAUUACUUCUUUGCCAUUGAAGAUCAGAAUGAAAUAUAUAGCAUUUCAAGGUGAAACUGGAUUUCUUAGGGCCCCAACAAGAUUGUCAGCAUUAAUGUCAAUUUUGUGGAGAACUCUGUAAUUGCUUUCUGAAAUACUUGCUUUCCUUUUGCUGGAAUCUAAGUAGGGGCAAUAUUAAUAAAGUACUUGCUACAGAA